AUGGCCUCGAGAUUCAACACCGAUGGACUCGGAAACACCUACAUCGGCAUUGUCAUUGCCUGGACAUGUCUGCUUCUUCCUGCUGCCAUCUUUCUCAUCCGGCAUCGAAAGCUGCCUUAUCUGCGGAUGCGAAACAUCCCACUGGCAAUCAGCGCCGUGGCUACGCUUCACGUUUACUGGGUCUUGUGUAUGAUUGCAUAUGUCUUGAAUGGGUACUUCCCCUGCGCCACCGAAUACUGGAUCAUGAGCAUCUACCUGCCACUCGGGAUUGCGCUGUUCCAUGCGACAAACAGCCAGCUACUUUCCAUUGCCACGGCUCAAAAGCGAUAUGUUCAAAGCGAUGUUCUCUCUGAACCAUCACGCCAGGGUCAAGGCCCAGCCGCUCGAGGUUGGCGAAAGUGGUGGCAGCGAUUGAAGACUUACAAUGCCACGAAGAACACAAUGGCAUGGAUUGGAAUGGGCAUGGUCGUUCAAGUGAGUGUUACAUUCUGGCUGGCUCAAUUGCACGAAUUCCAAACUAAGCAAAACUAUUUCAAGUUUGUCUUCACCUUGAUCGUCUUCCUCAUGUCUCGCAAGUUCCAUCCCAGCUUUGGAAUUACGGGAGUUGUAACGACAAGAACAGGAUGCCGAAGAGGAUGGGAAUGGUGGCCAUCAAUUGCCUGGCAAUUAUUCUGGUCAUGGGCAUAUGCGCCCGUCCUUCUCUGGCGAGUGCGAGGAAUCGACGACGUUCAUGGCUGGCGGUCCCAGACAAUAGCAUGUAUUAUUGCCGGUAUGCCAGCGUCACCAAUGUGGUUGAUUGCACUCUACGCACCGCCCAUGAAAGCAGUGAAUAGAUACUUUGUCCCACCACUCUGGUUCUCAGCAUCUAUUGUAAUCAUGCAAGCCUGUGUGAUUUUCGUCCCCUUCUUCCAGAUCUUCAAGAACCGCAAACUCGAGACGGAAACCCGAGAGAUCAUAGCCGAGUGGGAAGAGAAACAGAAACAAGAUUGUCACGGCUCUUCCUCUUUCAUGACAUUGACAUCCAGUUCUACCAAGAUCGGAUCGGGAGCACGAUCUCGCUCUCGCCACUCCAUCAAGAGCACCGGCGCAAACAACAGCCGCCAGGGCGAAAUGUACACGAUGAGCGCACUAGAAAAAACACUACAAGUGAACCCGACGCCUCUGCUCAUGUUUUCGGCCCUCAAGGACUUUUCCGGCGAAAACAUCAGUUUCCUUAUUCAUGUACGCCAGUGGAAGGCCGACUGGAUAAGCAGCACCACCACUACUACUCCUCCUCGAUCUGGCUUUCGACGCAAGCAGGACCAUCCACCUCCAUCGCUUUUGGCCGAUCAAGCGUUGAUGCGCCACCAAUUCCAACAGGCAGUGGGCAUCUACGCCUCCUUCGUCAGUCUCAAGUACUCGGACUUCCCUAUCAAUAUCUCGUCGACGCAUCUGCGAGAACUCGAAGCCGUCUUUGAGCAGUACGCUACAUUGGUCUGUGCCGAGCCUGCGUCUAAUGCUGCUACUCCGUUCGAUAAUUACUGGUCGUCAUCUACGGUUUCUGAGGAUCGCGAUCACGAUCUGGAGAGUCGUAUCUGCGGCAAGGGCGAAGCCAAGUGCGAAGGCGAAAUACUCGAACUGUCCUCCGUGGCGUCGACGGUUGUCAGCAGUGGCGGCGGCGGUGGUGGUGGUGGCGAGGGUUGUGGUGCUGGUACAACAAACGUCGAGACACCCCUCAAAUCAGAUCCUCAACUACCCGAACUCAAAAUGACAAAUUUCGGCGACAGAUUGCCUUCCACCAUCGGCAUUCCUGACGCAUUUGGUCCCGCUGUCUUCGAUAGAGCCGAGCAGAGUAUCAAGGAGCUGGUACUGACUAACACUUGGCCGAAAUUCGUCAAGGCCGGGUUCGCACAGCAGAAUAAUACGGUCAAAAGCGAUGGUUUUGCGGCGAGGUUACAAGCGGCGGUGCGUGCUUGUCGACGCAGACUUCCGAGGGUUGGUGGUGGUCGAUAUCGAAAUUGA